AUGGCCGGCGGCGCCGACGUCGGCACAUUGGUCAGCAGCACGACGGGCGACUGCACCCUCAGGGACCUGUGCGCCGGCGACAAGGCCAAGGUGGCAAAGCUGAUCAAGCAGGUUGUGGAGCUUGGCAAGGAGGUGCGGCAGCUGAAGGGGCACGAGCCGCAGGUGCAGCGCGACGUGCAGCAGCAAGAUCAGCAGCGGGAGCAGCAACAACGGCAGGAGGACAAGGCCCCCGCGCCGAACGACCGACUGCACCAGCAACUGCAGGAGACCAACCGUCAAGUCAUAGAGCACAACAUCGCGCUGAAGAGCAAGCUGGGGCAGCUGCUGCACCUGCUGCGCACAUACCACCAUAAAGUGCAGGUGCUCGAGGCGGCCGUCAAGGCGGCUUCGCACCAGGCGCAGCCAGGCGAGGGCGCCAAGCAGCUAGAGGGCAGGGCAGCGCCGCCCAGUGAAGCAGCACCCUCCGAGGACGCCGCGCCCGACGCAGCAGCAGAGGUGCCGGCGACGCAACCGCCCUCAGCGGCCGCGUCGCCCGCGCCGCCGCCGCGGCGGCCACCCAGCCUGGCACGCAGCGCCGCCGCCGGUGCAGGGCCGGCUCCACAUUUCACCGCCAUCUCUGGCGCACCCAACGGCAGCACUGGUAUGGAUGGCGGCGGCGUCUGCGGCGACCUGGAGGCGCUGCCGGUGGUGGUGGAGGCGGGAGCCCAAGGCAGCGGCUUGGUGGAGGGCCUGGUGCGCUGGCAGGUGCAGCGCGGCAUCGCCCCGCCGGAGGAGCUGGUGAGCCGCGCAGCACGGCCCACCCCGAGCUUGAGCGGCGGACUGCGCUCGUGA